AUGUACCCACCUCCGAUGGGAUGCCCUCAUCCUCAGCAGUAUGGUGCUCCGGGGCCAUCUUAUGCUCCGCAGCCGUACGCGGCGCAGCCACAGCAUCAUGCCCAGCAAUACACCCAGCCACAGCCAUUCCAGCCCCAUCACCACUAUUACAACUCGCCACUUGCGAUCCCCGCCCCAGUUCAACGGGUCGAAUACCAAGCUCCGGUAUUCAAGACGUUCCAAGAACGCAAGCGGGAGCGCGAGGCCCUCCUCGUCGGAACGCCGCCUCCCACACCCCCACAAAGGCCGAGGGCUCCAGUCCCGCCGUCUCCAUCACACCGGGUGCCCUCAUACCAGCAGCCUCCUCCCUCCCCGAUUCGGCAACCGCCCUCCCCCCACCAGAACCGAUCAGUGUCGCCCGCAGCACUUGCCAUGUUGGGACGGAGUGGAGAACGACCACUACCCCCGCCUCGGGCGCCCACGCGCACAGUGACGCCGAUGAGCCAGCAGUCUACAGGCAUGCAGCCGAUAGGGCAGCAGUCUACUGGUAUGCCACCGAUCCAGAAGCAGCCAGCAGGCAUGGUAUACGCGCCACAGAUCCAACAGCAGCCAACAGGCAUCCCUCAACAGUUGCAGCAACAGCCAAGGGGUAUGGGAUACGCUCCGAUGCAGAACCAUCCAUCAGGAAACGCCCCGGCGAUGCCUCGCGCACCGCCGUCAUCUUCACCCUUGUCGCACACCGUGUCACCUGCGCAGAUAUCGCGCAACGUCUCGCCUGCUCCGCAGAUCGAGCUCUCCUCGCGUUCCGUCUCGCCGGCUCCUCCUCCGCCCGAAAUAACGUUGGCGCGCUCGGCGUCACCCGCCCAUCAAGUCCCGACGAUCGUCGUCCCGGCCUCCCCCUCCCCAGCAAUGCCGCAGAUCGUCACACCCAACGCAUCCUCACCCCCAAUCUCCCACAUCAACCCCCGGGGAACGCCACCAGUAACCUCACCUCCGAUGAAUCCACGUGCCCUCCCCCACCCCAAAGCCCCAGUCGAGCGCUCGGACACCAUCGCGUCCGUGAAAUCUCUUGACCGGGCGGUCGGCAUGAAGCGGACCCUCCCCCAACUGCCCGUCGGUGUGUCCCCCAGCCGCUCGCUAGACCGCGGCCCAACUCAGGAGACGCCAGCCCAACUCGCCCACCGUAUGGCGGGCGUUAGUAUCGGGGGGAUCGUGCCGAGCCGCGUGCCAAGACGGGGGUUUAGAGCGUCAAACGUUGUUGCCCCAACCGCACUCAGUAUCUCGGUCGCAUCGCCGCCGAGCAAGCCGAUUAAUCUUGGGGAUAUUAUCCCGGCGAUCAACGUCGCGUCGCCGCGGACGUCCACGAUUGCGACCAUUGUGAUGCCGGCGAUCUCUGUGGGCUCAACCCCCACCCCUACGGUGUCAACGAUAUCUGUAGGUUCGCCGCCCACGCCGACAGUGCCGGCCAUAAACGUGCCGACCAUCUCUGUUGGCUCACCGCCCACGCCCUCCGUGCCCGCCAUCUCGGUGGGCUCACCGCCCACGCCCACCUUGCCCUCCAUCCCGGUCGGCGCUCCGGCCCCUUCAAUCAAGGCCCCAGAAGCCGCUCCGCGCCCACCCCCCAGUCCACCCGGGGUGGCAUUCACACCCCUCCCAACAAUUGAGGUCGAGUCAGGGGACACGCGCUACUCGAGCAUCGGACACCGGAUCCAGCCAUCAGCAGCAAUCCUCUGUGCGGGCUGCUCCAAUCCAAUCAUCGGACGCAUCAACCGCAUCACUCGGCCCGCCAUGUGCAUAUCUGUUCAGGUAUUUGCUCUGCUUGCCAUGGUCUCGCUCGAUGCGACCGUCACCGACGAAGGCGGCGAAGUACCUCUCGGCGUAUCCAAGUAA